AUGUCGUCCUGGCUUGGGGGCCUCGGCGCCGGCUUGGGCCAGUCUCUGGGUCGAGUGUGGGGUGGCCUGGCUUCCGUCACUGGCCAGAUUUCAAAUCUGACAAAGAACAUGCUGAGGGAGGCCACGGAGGAAGUGGACGAAUUACCUUUUUUUAUGAGAACGGAAACUGAAGCCAUUCAUGCAGUCUUAAUAUCAGAGGUCGAAAUCAGCCAGUAUAAAGCAAGACAGAUUGCUCUACAGGAUCAGUUGCUGAAACUGCAGUCAGCCACUCCGUCAGUACAUUCAGGAGCUGGUGGUAUACCAGCGACCACUGCAUCUUCUUCAUUCGGUUGUGGGAUCGGUCAUCAUGCCUCAGCUUUCCGUGAUGAUAACAUGGACUUUGGAGAUGUUAUUUCAUUACAACAAGAAAUAAAAAGAUUGUCAAAUGAAGUUUCAAGACUCGAGUCUGAAGUUGACCAUUGGAGGCAUAUUGCUCAGACUUCUAAAGCACAAGAAACACAUAGCUCUGAUCAAAGAGAAAUCUUCAAACUGCAAAAUAUCAUUAAGGAACUUAAAGAGAAACGAAGUCAGGAAAUUAAUGACCAUCAACAUGAAAUGUCAGUACUGCAGAAUGUACAUCAACAGAAAUUGACACAAAUGCGUCAUCAGUAUCGAGAGGAAUUAAGCUACUUCCAAGAACAAAUUGAAGAACUCAAUAACCUCUUCGAAGAAGAUGCUGGUGAAAAUGAAAUGAGACUGAAUAGUUUAAACCAGGAUAACAAUCUCACUGAAGACAAUGUGAACCUUAAACAGUUUGUCCAAGUUUUAGAAAAAGAUAAUUCAUUACUGAGCCAAGAAAAGGAACAUUUGGAUGAAACAAAUGCUGUGUUGGAUUCAGCGUCAAGACUUACAGAACAGUUAGACCUAAAGGAGGAACAAAUUGAGGAACUUAAAAAACAGAUAUGUUACUGCAAGGCGUCACUGACCCGGCUGCGUGCGAGCCGGCAGCCUCUCAAUAAGCCACAUUGUUGCACGAAACUCCAGCGCACGAGUCCCGGCCGCCGCUCGUACUGCGCCGUGUCACGAGCUAAGAGAAUUCUCUGGCAGAGCGUCGCGCCGUGUGCCGGAGAGGUCCGACCGCCCCAGUGGAGCCGGGCUGUGGAUUCCUCCCAAGUCAGCCUUAGUGAUCCUGUGGCUGAAGUUAGCGCCUUGCCGUGGGACGACCGGACGCGUCGCCUGGAGAGCCGGAGCGCCCGCGCCCUUAGCCUUCCUCGUGUGCCGCCCGGACUCCCAGUUCCCGGCCGGCCGCGCAGCCCAGGCACAGGGAGAUCAGACCCCGCCGCCCGCCUCCCGCGCACGCGCCCCCGCCUCGGUUUCCCAACUCGGCCCGUGGACCGCGGCAGGAUCAGUGCCUCGCGUCUGCUCGCCUGCUUUUUCUCCGAGCUUAACCGUGACCAAGUGCAGAAGGUCGACCAGCACCUUCACCACACGCGUCUGUCUGACGAGACCCUUCUGGAGAGCUCUAAGCGGUUCCGCAAGGAGAUGCAGAAAGGACUUGGAGCCACCACCCCCACUGCGUCCGUGGAAACGCUGCCCACCUUUGUGAGGUCUACUCCAGAUGGGACCGAACAUGGAGAGUUGCCGGCUCUGGACCUGGGAGGGACCAACCUCCGUGUGCUUCGGGUGAGAGUAACGGACAAUGGGCUGCAGAAGGUGCAGAUGGAGACCCAGAUCUACGCCGUCCCCGAGGGCAUCGCGCGUGGCAGCGGCAACGAGCUGUUUGGCCACACUGCCGAGUGCCUGGCUAACUUCAUGGAUAAGCUGCAAAGCGAGGAGAAGAAGCUCCCGCUGGGUUUCACCUUCUCGUCCCCCUGCCACCAGACUAACCUGGACGAGAGCUACCUGGUCGCAUGGACCAAGGGCUUCACGUGCACUGGAGCGGACGGCGGAGACGUGGUGGAUCUGAUCCGGAAGGCCAUCCAGCGGAGAGGGGACUUGGAUAUUGGCAUCGUGGCCGUGGUGAACGAUGCAGUUGGAACCACGAUGACCUGUGGUUAUGAUGGUCACAACUGUGACAUCAGUCUCAUCACGGGCACGGGCAGCAACGUCUGCUACAUGGAGGAGACGCGCCACAUUGACAUGGUGGAGGGCGACGAGGGGCGGGUGUGUGUCAACGUGCAGUGGGGGGGCCUUGGGGACCACGGCACACUCAGUGACACUCGCACGGACUUUGACCGCGAGAUCGACAUGGGCUCGCUAGACCCUGGGAAGCACUUUGAGAAGAUGGUCAGUGGGACGUACAUGGGGGAGCUGGGGAGGCUCAUGCUGGGGAAGAUGGCCAAGGAGGAGCUGCUUUUCGGGGCCGAGCUCAGCCCAGAGCUGCUCGUCAAAGGCCGCUUUGAGACCGAAGCCCUGUCGGACAGUGGGGAGAAGGGCGGCAUCCGGAAGGCCCGCGAAAUCCUGGUGCGGCUGGGCCUGGCCCCGACACGGGAGGACGGCGCGGCCACUCCCCGGGUCUCCGUCGUGUCCACACGCUCCGCCAGCCUGUGCGCGGCCACCCGGGCUGCUGAGCUGCGGCGCCUCCAGCAGAACAAGGGCGUGGAGCGGCGACGCGCCACCGUCGGCGUCCACGGCUCCGCCUACAGGAAACAGCCGCACUUCGCCAAGCGUCUUCACAAGACCGCGAGGCGACUGGGGCCCGACUGCGACGUCCGUUCUCUCCGCUCUGAGGAUGGCAGUGGCCAAGGGGCAGCCAUGGUGACAGCGGUGGCCUGUCGGCUGGCCUGCCAACGCCGAGCCCGGCAGAACACCCUGGAGCCUCUGAAGCUGAGCCAUGACCAGCUGCUGGAAGUCGAGGGGACGAUGAAGGUAGAAACGGAGCGAGGUCUGAGCAAGGACACCCACGCGACUGCCCCUGUCAAGAUGCUGCCCAGCUGCGUGUGCGCCAAGUGGCGCGGCGCGGAGAUGCACAACCGGAUCUGCUCCGUCCCGCAGGACGUCAUGCACGGCCCUGGGGACGAGCUCCUGGACCACAUCGUGCCGUGCGUCGCCGACUUCCUUGAGCGCACGGGCAUGAAGGGCGUGUCCCUGCCUCUGGGUUUCACCUUCUCCUUGCCCUGCCAGCAGGACAGCCUGGGCGAGAGCAUCCUCCUCAAGUGGACACAAGGCUUCAAGGUGUCUGGCUGCGAGGGCGAGGACGUGGUCACCCUGCUGAAGGACGCGAUCCACUGGCGAGAGGAGUUUGACCUGGACGUGGUUGCUGCGGUCAACGCCACAGUCGGAACCACGAUGACCUGUGGCUAUGAAGACCCUCACUGUGAAGUCGGCCUCACUGUCGGCACAGGCAGCAACGCCUGCUACACGGAGGAGAUGCGCGACGCGGAGCUGGUGCAAGGGGAAGAGGGCCGGAUGUGCGUCAACACGGAGUGGGGGGCCUUCGGGGACAGUGGAUGCCUGGAUGACUUCCGCACGGAAUUCGACGUGGCUGUGGAUGAGCUUUCCCUCAACCCUGGCAAGCAGAGGUACGAGCAAAUGAUCAGUGGCGUGUACCUGGGUGAGACUGUCCGUAACAUCCUCAUCGAUUUCACCAAGCGUGGGCUGCUCUUCCGCGGCCGCAUCUCAGAGCGGCUCAAGACAAGGGGAAUCUUUGAAACCAAGUUCUUGUCUCAGAUUGAGAGUGACUGCGUGGCGCUGCUGCAGGUCCGAGCCAUCCUGCACCACCUGGGGCUCGACAGCACCUGUGUCGACAGCAUCAUUGUCAAGGAGGCGUGCACCGUGGUAGCGCGACGGGCAGCCCAGCUCUGUGGCGCAGGCAUGGCUGCCGCGGUGGACAAGAUACUAGAAAACCGCGGGCUGGACACUCUCAAAGGGACAGUCGGUGUGGAUGGGACCCUUUAUAAGCUACAUCCUCACUUUGCCAAAAUCAUGCAUGAGACAGUAAAGGACCUGGCUCCAAAAUGUGAUGUGUCCUUCCUGGAGUCAGAGGACGGCAGCGGGAAAGGGGCAGCUCUCAUCACUGCUGUGGCCUGCCGCAUCCGUGAGGCUGGACAGCGAUAG